AUGUUGAGAAUAAGCAAUAGAAUAACACCAACAACACUCAGGUUUGUGCGAUUCAACUAUACUUCAACCGCACCACCUACCACUCAAGAAUCUACACCAACCAAAACUUCCACAUCCACCCCUCAAGAAGAAGAAUCAUCAACUUCAGUAGCUAGACCUGAAUCAUCACAAUUAAACUUGAAAGAUUUGCAAAACAAUGUAUAUGCUAAACCGGCACCUAAUAGAAAUACCACUUGGACGCAAUCACAACAAGCAAGAAUAGAUGUCAUAAGUAAAUACCCAUAUCGUUUCACUCAAAAGGAUUUGGCUGAACAACCAAGACCUUAUGCUGCUAUUGAAUUGAUUGCUAAAGAACCUAUCAGGUAUUUGAAACCAGAAGAGGGAAAUAUUGCUGUUUGUGAUGGUAAUAGAGGUAGUACUUUGCAAGGACAUCCAAAGAUUUUCAUCAAUUUGGAUAAGGCUCAAGCUAACACUUGUGGAUACUGUGGAUUGAGAUAUGCAAAGGAGGAGUUUAGAGAGGAAAUCGAAGCUAAAGGGGAGUUCUAA